GUUCUCCCUGCCGCUGGAGGGGUCGCCCUGCGCCUGUUGGGGCUGCGCCUGAGAGCAAGGCCGCGCCUGCAGCCAUGUCGGGCCGCUCGGUGCCACAUGCCCACCCGGCCACCGCCGAGUACGAGUUUGCUAACCCGAGCCGCCUGGGUGAGCAGCGCUUCGGAGAAGGCCUCCUGCCAGAAGAGCUCCUGACUCCCACCCUGUACCACGGCUAUUAUGUUCGACCCCGGGCCACCCAAGCUGGGGAGGGCAGCAGGGCAGGGGCCUCGGAGCUCAGGCUCAGUGAAGGCAAGUUCCAGGCUUUUCUGGACGUGAGCCACUUCACCCCAGAUGAGGUGACCGUAAGGACAGUAGACAACCUGCUGGAGGUGUCUGCGCGGCACCCCCAACGCCUGGACCGCCAUGGCUUUGUGUCCCGGGAGUUCUGCCGCACCUAUGUCCUGCCUGCUGAUGUCGACCCCUGGCGGGUCCGCGCUGCUCUCUCCCACGAUGGUAUCCUUAACCUGGAGGCGCCCCGUGGUGGGCGGCAUUUGGACACAGAGAUCAAUGAGGUCUACAUCUCCCUACUCCCAGCGCCUCCUGAUCCAGAUGAAGAGGAAGAUGCAGCCAGAGUUGAACCCUGACUGCCACAGCCCCAAGCACCAGCAAAUCCCUUUCUACUUCCCAUGGCAUGAUGCUGACAGCCCUAGAGGUAGCAGCAUCCUUGGGGGGGGGGGGGAGGUAAGGGUAAUGGCUUGGUCUGCCGUGUAUUGUUUGGUCCCUUGGGACGUGUUAUAGCCUUUGGCUUAGUUCUGGCAGAGUUGAAUAAACCCAAGACUCAGGGC